AUGGAACAAGGGGUACCAGAAGGUGGAGAACCGAAGAAUGUUGCUGCUGUUGUUGCUGACAUUCUCACUAAAGAAUGUCCCUCAAACACAUUCCUUCAAAAUGUUGGCCUUGAUUCGAGCUCCAAGAAGUUCAACAGGUCUGCAUCUGCUUUGGAUGCUCAUGUACAAGAACUAGAGUACAAGCUUGAGAGGGAGAGGCAAGCCGCUGAGUUGAUGCGAGAGGAGCUUGUUGAGGUCAAGAAGAAAUCAGAGGAGACCGAAGCUGCACGCGCCGCAGAGUAUCAAUUGUUACUGCAAAGAGUUGAGGCCACCGAUGCGAGGGUUGUAGCAAGUGAUGCUAGAUUUGCGCGUCUCAUGGAUCUAUUCGAAGGGAUUGGCUGUGGUUUAAUGAGGUUCUGUUUUGGUUGGUGCAUCUUAUGA